AUGGAAGGGUCCAUUCUUUCAGUUCUCAUCCUCUUCUCCUUCCUGUUCAUCGUCCAAGCCCAAGGUGAUGGUCGUAUGAAAUACAACUUCAACCCCGGGUGGAAAGUACUCGUGGGCAAUCCUGCAUCCGCACAGUCCCCUUCAUUCAACGACGACGACUGGAAGGAUGUAACACUCCCCCAUGCCUGGAACGAAGAUGAUGCUUUCCGCGUCGAUAUCGCCAACCUGUCCACAGGAAUCGCCUGGUACCGGAAGCACUUUGACCUGCCAGCCACGAACCGGAACAAGAAACUCUUUCUUGAAUUCGAAGGCAUUCGCCACGCCGGCGAGUUCUAUCUGAACGGCAAGUGGAUCGGCCGCAGUGAGAACGGGGUCAUGGCCUUUGGCUUUGAUGUCAGCGAUGUCGCGCUCUACAAUCAGACUAACGUUCUCGCGGCGCAAAUCGACAAUAGCUGGACGUACCGCGAGAAGGCCACCAACACGCCGUACCAAUGGAACGACAAGAACUUCUAUGCCAACUACGGCGGGAUCAACAAGAACGUUUUCCUGCAUGUUACAGAUCGACUGUACCAGACGCUACCGCUGUACUCGAAUCUACAGACCACCGGAGUGUACGUCUAUGCCACCGACCUGGAUAUACCCCAAAAGAGCGCUACCAUCCAUGCAGAAACACAAGUUCGCAAUGAGUAUCCACAAGCCAAGACAUUCCAGUACCAAGUCGAGAUUCGCGAUGCCGUGCAGGGCAAGAAACUCGAGACCAUCAACGGCAACCGGUACACCCUCCAGCCGAACGAGACGCGAACCAUCCGCGUCUCAACGCACCUCUCCGACUUAAACUUCUGGAGCUGGGGAUACGGCUACCUCUACGACGUCCGGACCUCCCUAAUCCUCAACAACCGGGCCACCGACACCGUCACCACCCGCACCGGCUUCCGCAAGACGGAGUUCGCCCACGGCGCGUUCAAGCUCAACGACCGCACCCUCCACGUCAAAGGCUACGCCCAACGCACAACAAACGAAUGGCCCGCCCUCGGCUGCGCCGUCCCACCCUGGCUCUCCGAUUUCUCCAACGAGCUCAUCCUCACCAGCCACGGCAGCCUCGUCCGCUGGAUGCACGUCACCCCAUGGAAACAAGACGUCGAGUCCCUCGACCGCCUAGGCCUGCUACAGGCGCUGCCAGCCGGCGACUCCGAAGGCGACGUGACAGGCCGGCGCUGGGCGCAGCGCACGGAGCUCAUGCGCGACGCAAUCAUCUACAACCGGAACAGUCCCAGCGUCAUCUUCUACGAGUCCGGCAACCACGGGAUCUCGGAGGCGCACAUGGCGGAGAUGAAGGCGCUGCGGGAUACGUACGAUCCGCAUGGCGGGCGCGCGGCGGGGUCGCGCGAGAUGCUCAAUAGCACUGUGGCCGAGUACGGGGGCGAAAUGCUGUAUAUCAAUAAGGGCGCGCGCAUCCCCUUCUGGCAGAUGGAGUAUAGUCGCGACGAGGCGCUAAGGAGGUACUGGGACAACUGGUCGCCGCCGUACCAUGUGGACGGGGCGGGCCCGCCGUACAAGGGAGAAGAUGCGAGCGAGUACAACCGCAACCAGGACUCGCAUGCGGUGGAGGAUGUGCGGCGGUGGUUUGAUUAUUUCGAGCAGCGGCCGGGGACGGGGACGAGGGUUAACGCGGGUGGGGUGAAUAUUGUAUUUUCGGAUACGAAUACCCACCAUCGAGGAGCGGAGAAUUACCGGCGAUCUGGCGAGGUGGACGCCGUCCGGCUGCCGAAAGAUGGGUGGUAUGCGCACAGGGUGAUGUGGGAUAACUGGGUCGAUAUCGAGCAUCUGGCGGGCCAUAUCAUCGGCCACUGGAACUACAACGACAGCACGGUCAAGGAUGUCUAUGUCGUGUCCACGGCGGAAGACGUGGAGCUGUUUCUCAACGGCAAGUCUCUGGGCAAGGGGGAGCAGAGCAGCCGAUUCCUCUUCACUUUUGCCAACGUCGCUUGGCAGCCCGGCACGAUCAGGGCUGUGGGACAAUUGGACGGUCGUGAAGCUGUGCUGGAUACGAAAACGACUGCGGGUGAGCCCACCAGUAUCCGGUUGACGCCUCGUACGGGACCGUCUGGCUUUGUGGCUGACGGUGCAGAUAUCGCCUUGGUGGAUGUGGAGGUGAUCGAUGCAAAGGGUCAGAGGAACCCCAUUGCUCUCAACGUCAUUGACUUUUCUCUCUCUGGUGAAGCUUCCUGGCGUGGGGGAAUCGCUCAGUGUGUGGACAACUGCAUCCUGUCGACAAGCCUCCCAGUCGAAAACGGAGUCAACCGGGUAAUGCUGCGGUCUACGACAAAAUCCGGCAAGGUAACUCUGACUGCUACAUCCGACGGACUCAAAUCAGCAACUAUCACCCUCAACACCAAGCAAUUUGCCAAUAAGGGUGGUUUGAGCACCGUCAUCCCCGGCGCAGAUCUCCCUCUUGUUCUCUCUCGAGGUCCGACACCGUCAGGAGAAUCAUACACCAUAUCUCGCAAAGCUGUGGUGGUUCGGAACGUCACCGCUGGAUGUGACACGGAGAACAUGACCGAUUCCUACGACGAUGAUGAGGAAACGGAGUGGUCCUGUGACAAUGACAGAAACAACGCCUGGAUCAAGUACACUUGGGAUAAGGCAGUCAAUGUGUCGCAGGUGGUUAUGAAGCUCCACAGCUUCCGGACCACAAAGUAUCCAGUUCAGAUCAGCGUGGACGACAAGGUGGUCUUUGAAGGGAGCACCCCGACUUCUCUGGGUUAUGUGACGUUGGAUCUCAAUGCUACUGUCGGCCAGAGUGUGACGGUUGCUUCGGAGGACGGCGAUUUGGGAAUUAUCGAGGCGGAGAUCUACACACCGGCAUAG